AUGGUGGAUAAGGUGGUGUGCGUGACGGGAGCAUCGGGUUACAUAGGUUCAUGGCUGGUUAAACUGUUGCUCCACCGCGGUUACACCGUCAAGGCUACUGUUCGUAACCUCAGCGAUAUUUGUAAAGUGGAGCAUCUGAAGGCGCUUGAAGGAGCUGAAGAAAGACUUCAUUUGUGUGAAGCUAAUUUAGUGAAAGAAGGAUCAUUUGAUUCUGUGAUUGAUGCUUGUGAUGCUGUCUUCCACACUGCAUCUCCUGUUAUACUUGACAAUGUCAAUGACCCUCAGGUGGAACUUAUAGAGCCAGCAGUGAAAGGAACACUCAAUGUUCUUGGUUCAUGUGGCAAGGCACAGUCUGUGAAAAGAGUGGUCUUAACAUCUUCUAUGGUCACUAUUGCCUUCAAAAAACCCACCCAAAACUCCAACCCUUUGAUUGAUGAAACUUCUUUUUCUGAUCCAAUCUUUGCUCGGGAAAUGGAGCGAUGGUACGUUAUUUCAAAAAUAUUGGCGGAGGAAGCCGCAUUCAAAUUUGCACAAGAAAAUGGCAUAGAUUUGGUAGUUAUGAAUCCUGGGCUAGUUAUAGGCCCUCUUCUCAAGCCAACUCUAAAUGAAACUUCCCAAUGUUUUCUUACUUUGAUUACACAAGGUGGAAAUUUUGUAUAUGUUGAUGUAAGAGAUGUUGCAAAUGCACAUAUCCUAGCUUUGGAGAAUUCAACAGCCAAUGGUAGAUAUUGUCUUGUUGCACAAGUGCUGAAUUGCUCUAAAGUUUUACAAAUCUUACGUGAACUCUAA